AUGGACGACCCAUGGGGAUCGCCUUGGGCGGACGAAGUACAAUUACCCAAAUCAAUUAAGUUAGAGGACAAAGGGGACGAGGAGGGAGUGAAGAAUAGGCCGGCCACCCCAGCUCGAGUAGCGACACUUGUUUUGCAAGAGAAGACGAAUUCACCUUGGGGCGAUGCAGAAGAUGAUGGAUUUGGGGAAUGGGCUUCAUUACCUGCAGACAAUGGAAGAGGGUUGGGGCUCGACGGGCAAACGGACGAUUGGGAGGACGAUACUCCUGCUGCAGCAACUACGACCAAUCCUGCCCCGAAUGCCCUCUCGCUGGACUGGAACGAGUCUCAAGAAAACGAAGUGGAUCAAACUGUAAAAUUGGCACCAAGUCCCUUUCUCAAGGCGCGAGAUCUUGCUAGACUGCCGUCACCGGAUCCUUGGGCUACUUCUUUCACGACCGACAAUGAAACUGCACACAGCGCACAGGAGGAAGCCGAGGAAGCGGAUCAGCACGAUUUCAAGGACAAAGAAGAGGAGUCACAAAACAAUAUCUCCGCUACAAAUUCAAAUCCAGAACCUCUGAGUGAUGAAUUGCUGCCUGAUGGAAAGGACACAGCACCGCAAGAAGCUUCUGUCAUUCAUGGCAAGAUUGACAUGGAACCAGAAGCUGGCGAUCGUAUCACCAGCUCUGAGGUUAUAGAUGUCGCACCCACGGCGGAGAAUUUAGAUGGCGAUCAUCUUUCCUCUCGGCCUUCGUCCUCCCCUUCAGAACAUAGCCUGCACGAUGGGAUGUCUCAGGAAUCACCACGAACUUCGUUCGACGAAGAACCGAAGCGUCCCCAGAUGCCCCGAAAAACCUCAUCGAAAGUACAAGAAUUGGUUGAACACUUUGACGGGCUUGCCAAACAAGAGAUUCCGGAUACCGCGGCUAGUAGCACGAGUAGCGGCCAGGAAACUAUCAAGGCUGCGGAUGAGCCUGGAGUGGAAGACGAAGAUGAUGAUGACUUCGGAGACUUUGAAGAAGGGCAGUCAGAUGACGAACAGGACACAGCGGAUCAGAGGCCACGCACGCCAGAGAUCCAGGAUCAAAAAUUCUAUCCAGAUCUCGAGGCAGACGGUCCUUUCGAGGAAGUCUUCGUACCUGAUACGGUGCCACACGAUUCCUUUUCUACAAUAGAAGAACGAAAGACGUGGUACAGAGUCUCACGAUAUGGCACGAUGCGUAAAUAUAAUACUGGAGAUGAUAACUAUGUCCGUAUUAAUUGGCCUCAAUCACAAAUUCGCAAGGAUACCCUCGAAAUCGUUGCUCGAUGGAUGGAAGAAGAUCGGAUCAGUGGUAGAGUGGUGCUAGGUGGAGCAAGCAAAGGCAGUUCAAUUUUCGGUUGGAAUGAUAAGAAGGCUGCUCCUGUGCCGUUGGCACAUGCUUUUGCAGCCAAAGAAGGCAAACGGAAAGUCGAAGCUGUUGUG